CACAAAACUACGGGACGAACUUUGUUUUUUUCUCGCAAAAAUUCAUUAUAACGCUAAUUAAUAGAAUAUGUCUUCACAAUCAUCAGAAGAAAGCGAUAGACGUAAAUCAUUCUUUUGUCAUAGCUGCAGUAAUUCAUUUCUCAAACAUCCAGAUGCUGACUUUGUUUGCCCAUCAUGUCAGCAAGGAUUUAUAGAGGAACUGGCAGAAAAUAUAGAAGCAAGUCAACCAACUGAAGAGGAGCCUCAAUUUUUUAGAGUUUUACACGAUAUGAAUGCAUUGCUCGGACCAUUAAUUAGUGGAUCAUUUACUAAUGCCACAACUAGUUAUGCCAAUGAUCAAGAUGCUAGCAGUAGCGGUGGAAAUGCUGGAAGAAGAAGAACUGGACCGAUAAGUUUUGAAGACAUUUUACAAGAGAUUCUCGUCUCAAUCACCGAUGGUGCAAAUACAGGACGUACACCAAUGUUUUUCAAUCCCGGUGAUUAUGCGUGGGGAGGACAGCAAGGGCUCGAUACAAUUGUUACACAAUUAUUAAAUCAAAUGGAUAAUGCUGGUCCACCGCCAUUGGAAAAAGAGAAAAUCAAUGAAAUACCCAAAUGUGAAAUAACUCAUGAACAAGUAGAUUCAAGAUUACAAUGUAGUGUCUGCUGGGAGGAUUUUCAGCUUAAAGAAACAGUUCGUCAACUUCCCUGCACUCACGUGUAUCAUGAAGAUUGCAUACUUCCAUGGUUACAAUUGCACGGAACCUGCCCUGUUUGUAGAAAGUCUUUAGUAGCGGAAGAAGAAACCAAUUCAAAUGCGUCUAAUAAUACCUUACGAUUUUCAUUGAGUGGUCAGGCAUCUACUAGUCAACCGAAUUCUGGAAAUGCAGAAUCGACUACAAAUAAUAGUUCUAAUUCAAGUGAAAAUACUUCAGAAAAUAUAUCGAGCCGUCGACUAGGCGAUGAUGUUGAGUUUGACUUUGAUUAAGAAUUGAAGGAACUUUAUAUAUUUAAAAUUGAAAUAUAAAAUAACAAUUAGCAAUUUUUCACAUCUAUAUAUAUAAAUAUAAAAAAAAAACUAUAAUUAAAAAAAGGCUCAUUUUUUCCUGCG